AUGGCCUCCAUCCCGUGCACCAUCCAGCUCGCGACCAAGGCGGCGUCCUCCUCUUCCGGGUGGAGGUCGCCGCGGGCGGUGGGGGGAGUGCUGAGGACCCCGCAGCUGGGCGGCGGCGCAGCGUGGCUGCGACCGUCGCUGUUGAGCAAGGUGGCGCCGGCGAGGGAGAGCGGCAGAGUGAGGUUCUUCAAGUUCGGGAACAAGGACGCUGAGGGCGCCGGCAUCUACGGCAGCCAGGCGAGGGACGACUUCGACCGCGACGACGUCGAGCAGUACUUCAACUACAUGGGGAUGCUGGCGGUGGAGGGCACCUACGACAAGAUGGAGGCGCUGCUGAACCAGAGCAUCCACCCGGUGGACAUCCUGCUGAUUCUGGCCGCCUCCGAGGGCGACUUGCCCAAGAUCGAGGAGCUGCUCAAGGCCGGCGCCAAGUACGACGUCAAGGAUGCCGACGGGAGGACGGCGCUGGACCGGGCUAGCGGCGAGGUCAGGGAGUUCAUCACCGGCUUCGCCGUGGCCAAGAAGGCAUGA